UGGAAACCAGGUGGUGCUUAUAAAACUGACGAUGACUGUUUAAGCAUGCACCAUACCAGGAUUCAUGUGUAUUAUGCUAAUAGUGGCUAAUGUAGCAUUGUAUAAAGCAAAGAUGAGGAGCAGGUCACCGAAUCUGUUAGUCUCCCUGCACCACACACUCACAUUCUUUCAGAUUUUUUAAAAUGAUGUCAGAUGACUCAAGUGACAUCACUUCGGGCACUUCACAAGACUUAAUGGUACCUCUCUGGAACCAGAAAAAACUUUAUAUAACUUUUUUCACAUAUGUCUUGUAGACUUGUCGUCAAAACGUUUGAAAAGUUUGAUCUUACAUUUCCUGGAAUUCAACACACUUUUUAGUCUGAUGAAGGAGACAACAGAUUUAAGUUUAACACUUAUGAAACUAUCUGGAAAGCACCAUGGUAUCUGAUCUCAGAUGUGGCCACAGAGGGGCCUCUCUUUCCCUGUUCACACACCUGGCAACUUUCUCAGAGACACACACAGACAUACACUCACACACCUUUUUUCAUUAAAUCUCCCUCCCUCUCUCAAGUGCAGCUCAUUGUCAGCAUGUGGAGGCAGCUGAAAUUAGUCUGUCAGGAUCUUCUCAGGUCUCUGUGCUGAUCAUGGAUUUUUCUGUCUACCUCCUGACUCUGCUUUCUCUCUUCUCUCAGUGCACAGCCCAGUGGUGUUACCAGAGCCAGUACUCCUGUGAUGACACAUGCAGAGAUCCUAUUCGAUGGGCAGCUCAGUUUCCCAGCUGUGGAGGACUACGCCAAUCCCCAAUCAACAUAGUCACAACUAAAGUGCACGUCAACGGCGCCCUGCCGCCCUUCAACUUCAUCGGUCACACCAACACUAUCAACGUCACGGUGGACAACAAAGGACACUCUGCUCACUUUGCUCUGCCGCAGUCAGUCCGUCUGACUGGAGGAGCUCUGCCCGGUCAUUACCGAGCCGCCCAGUUUCACUUCCACUGGGGAGGCAAUGGGAGACCUGGAUCAGAGCACACCAUUGAUGGAGAGCAGUUCCCCAUGGAGCUGCACAUAGUCCACAUCAAGGAACCGUACGGCUCUCUAGCGGAGGCCGAACAUGAUAUGGCUGGUAUAGCUCUGCUUGCCUUCCUGUUUGAGGAAACCCCAGAUGAUAAUCCUCAGUUGGACAUAGUAAUAGCUGCUUUGGGACGAGUACAAACCAAUGGCAGCAGCACUGUGAUCCCAGACUUCAGGCUCAGUGAUAUUAUCCCGUCAGAUAAGGACCUGCACAGUUACUACCGCUAUGUCGGCUCCAUGACAACUCCAGGAUGUGAGCAGGCCGUAGCCUGGACGUUGUUUCACAGGAUGAUCUCCAUCAGCAGUCGCCAGCUGGAAUCGAUAACUCAGCAGUGUCGAUUUUGGACGGGACAGCCCAUGAUGAACAUCUUCAGACCUACGCAGCCUCUAGACGGCAGAGUGGUGUAUCGGUCCAAGGCAGGCGCCGCUAUGGGGAGUGUGAUGCACUGGUGGGUCGGGGCUUUCUCAGUCCUGCUUGGACAACGAGUCUGAUACACUGACUCAGCACAGCACAACAUCUGCUUUAAAUGUCACCUGUAUUUGAAUAUAAACUACAGCCUACUUAAUCCAUGAUGAUGUCUGUGACAGUGAGGGAUUUUUUGUGCUAUUGUAGAAUGUGUAUUUUCCUUUUACCAGUAGUGAAGAAGUGAGCGUUAUACAGGCUAUUUAGGAGGAACGGGUCUGUUGACCUGUUAUCAUCAUGACCUCCAUUUAAGUCUGGAUAAUAUUCAGUUUCUGUGUGAGGCGGAUCUUUACCUCAGCAGGCCUUUACGUCAACUUUCCUUAUUGUUGUCAUUAGUGGAGUCAAUAUUUUAUAAAUGCAAACUGUUGCUUUAGAGUAACGCUUAUCUACUUUAUUCUUAAAUGUGUUUUCCAGUGUGAUAGAAGAGUGAUGAAAAUAGCUGUAUAAUUAACGGUUAACAAUAGGUUUUAUUUUGCCUUUCUGACAAUAACAAUCUGAUGGUCUUUCCUUUUUCAAUAACUGCUACUUUUUUGUAACUUAUCCUGCAUAUUGUUCUCUUCACUGACAAUCACACAACUCAGUGUAGAAAAUUAAACAAUCAAGGCUUUUACUUAAUAUUCUGUACACUUGUUAAUUUGUAGACAAACCAAAUGAGUUGUAAAAAAACAGUGAAUGUAUUUAAAUCCUUGUACAAUCACAAAAUAGACCUGAAUCAUUUUAUGUUAGAAAUCAUUUGAUUUUUAGAAAUAAUUCUAAUUAUUGAUACCAUGUUAAUGAAAUAUGAAACUAAA